AUGGUUUUCUUUUCGUGUAACAACUGCGGAGAAGCUUGCAAGAAGAAUCAAGUGGAACGUCAUCUGUUCCAGUGCCGCAACACCACUUUCAGCUGCAUUGACUGCCAACUCAUCUACAAGUAUGCUUACCCUUUUAUUCAUCAAUCUACUGUCCAAAUUUUCAGCUGUGAAACGUACAAAGAUCACGUGAAAUGUAUCUCGGAGAAUCAGAAAUACGGAGGAAAGAACUACGUGGAGAAGGAGAACAAGGGCGAGGCGAAGCAGAAUGCGUGGGUCGAUCAGGUCAACAGAGCCAUCGAGUUCGUGACGGAUUUCCAAGUGAGGGAAUUGCUGAAGAGUGUCGCCGGAUUCGCGAAUAUUCCACGGAAAGAAGCAAAAUUCAUCAACUUCCUCACGAACUCGUGCCGGCUCCGCGACAAGAAUCUUGCUCUGCGGGCCUGGCAAGCAAUUGCGACCGAAGCGGAAAAGAUGAGAUUGGAGGCGAUCCAAAGACAAGAAGAAAUGCAAAAAGCUGAAAAGGUAAGAAUUUAAACACUAAACACUAAAUAUAAAUAGAAACAAAGAGGAAUCUAAAAAAGAAAAGUAAAAGCAAAACGAGAUAAUUGCAGGCUCAGAAGGAAGCAGCUGUCGCAGCGAAAAAGGACAGCGAUGAGGAAAUCAAGAAGGAAACUGAGGAAACAUCCGCUGAAGAACCGGAAAUUUCCGGAACGACAACGACGUUCAAAUGGAAGAAAGUGAUCAAGCGGAAGCUGAAGGACAACGGAGGAGAGAUGAAGAUCAAAAAGCUGAAGAAGGCGGUGCUCAACGAGUUCUCAUCGGCCGGAGGAGAAGCGGACGACCUCGACGCGCUGUUCAAGGAGAAGCUGGAGAAGUGUGUAGCAGUGACCAUAGAGGGAAAGAAGGCGAUGAUUGCUGCUUGA